AGACACAGAACAGAUUUGAAAGAGAGAAAAAUAAAUGAAUCAAAUCAAGGGUGUAAGGCCCAAAAAAGAUCACAUAGUAUCUGUGACCUUGGAUAUUUAUUGUCCUCUUUGAUUCUCUCUUUCUAAAAUUCCUCGCCCCACCAAACAAUAACAACAACAACAACCUCUCAUCUUCUCCAUUGCAAUGCAUUUAGUACUCUCUCGUCUAUCCAUGACUAUAAAUAUAAGACCCACAUUUUCUACUACCAUGUACUAACUGAGUUAUUUUGUUUUUGUUUUAUGCAUGUAUGUUAAUGUUGGUAUUGUUAGAGAGAACUGAGUAGGCAGUCGUUUGGUUUCUUGGUCUUGUGUAAUUAAUAGUCCAUCUCUUUUAUUGCAACUGCGUUUAUUAGUGUCUCUUAUGUUCCAUAGCUUUCACUGCUUCCUUUGUUAUUAUUAGAGUGAACGGUAGUGAGUGUACUACUGCUACUACUUACUGCCUUUGUGUAGUGGUGGGUGAAGGUUUUAUUGUUUUUUGGGGAGAGGCAAAGCAUGGAGUCUGGAUUUUCUUCUUCUUCAAUGGGUUUCAUGGAAAAUGUGGAGCAACCUCAUGUUUUGGCUGUGGAUGACAGUGAUAUUGAUCGGAAACUUAUCGAAAAGCUGCUCAAGAAUUUCUCUUGCAAAGUGACUACUGCAGAAAAUGGGGCAAGAGCAUUGGAGUUUCUAGGCUUGGGAGAUCAUCCAAACCAUUGCAAUAUCUCAAAGGUAAAUCUGGUAAUUACAGAUUAUUGCAUGCCAGGAAUGACAGGAUAUGAACUGCUUAAGAAAAUCAAGGAAUCAUCAGUUAUGAAGGAGGUUCCAGUGGUGAUUAUGUCAUCUGAAAAUAUACCGAAUCGGAUUAGCAAGUGCUUGGAGGAAGGAGCUCAGAUGUUCAUGCUAAAACCGAUCAAACAGUCGGACAUUAAGCAAUUGAGAUGUCAUCUGAUGAAUUGCAGGAGCUGAAACACAUACUUUGGUCUGGAGGAGAAGUGGAGAGAAGCUAAAGAAAUCACCUGCUAAUUUUUGUUUUUAGGUUUUGUUUCCUCAGAACUUGCUAUCUUCACAUUUUGAAUGAGGCAGAUAUUUUGAACAAACAUACAUUUGUUUGACAUCCAAUUUGCCUUAAAAAAGUGUUAGAAUUUGUUUCA